UACACAUGCCAACAAAGUUAAACAUACUCAAUCUAUUUCUCUCCUUCCUCAUCACUUCUCUCUUCAAAGCCUUAACAACUUGAUUCAUCUUAUAGAAUCUUUGGAUCCUCCUCACAUGGGCUCUAUACCAUUCAUCUUCAUGAUCAUCUUUCUUUUUCAUUUACAGAGAUCCAAAUCUCAGACGAUUGAAUCAACACAUCUCCUUGAUCUUAUGAUCAGAGAUUACACUAUCAGAAACUUCAACAUACAUUUCAAGACUGGCACGAUUCAGAAAAUUCAUCUUCCUUCGAAUUUCUCCUCCAUUGAUAUCGCCACGGCUAGGUUUAGAUGCGGCAGUUUGAGAAGACAUGGUGCAACAAUUGGAGAGUUUCACUUAGGUCCGGGCUUGACGGUGCAGCCAUGUGUUGAGAGAGUGAUGCUGGUGAGACAGAACUUGGGUUUUAACUGGUCUUCUUAUCUUUACUUAACCGGUUAUAACUUAACCGGUUACAAUUUCCAGCUCGUGUCUCCGGUUCUCGGUUUAUUGGCUUACAAUUCUAACCCGGACGGUGUGGCUAUGAACCCUUAUGAGAUUAACGUAAUGGGAACGGAGCAGAACCCUAUUUUGAUCAAAUUCUUGAGCAGCAAGGCAAGCCGUGACCCUAAACCUAACACGAAACAGAACUCAUCUCUAUUGUGUGCUUGCUUCACAAGUAACGGUAACAUAACGUUUAGAGAGCAAGUUUCAGCCUACGUUUGCUUGGGGACAACACAAGGCCACUACGCCCUCGUGGUUAGAGCUCAAGAAAGUGGUGGUGGUGCAGUGGUAACGCCACCGUCGUCUCCGGCAGUAAAUGAAGGUGGCGGAGGGAGAUUGAGCCGGUGGAAAGUGGCGGUUGGGUGUGUGAUUGGGUCAAUAAUUGGAGCGUUUCUGUUAGGGUUGUUGGUGGUGGCGAUGGUAGUGAAAGGGAAGAAGAAAGCGAUGAGAGAGGAGAUGGAGAGGAGAGCUUAUGAAGAAGAAGCACUUCAGGUUUCAAUGGUGGGUCAUGUUAGAGCUAAUCCUAAUGCUUCGAGAACAAGAACGGUUCCAAGAUUUGAUAAUACUAGGUAUACUAACAAGUAACAACAAACUUAAUUAGGUAGAUCGUCGAUCCUUCUUGAUAUGAUGUUUUCCAAUUGUAAUGCUAAUUGAACUUGUUUUUUUCUUUUCUUUUCUUUUUUUUCUAUUUACGUUGGAUUGUAUAAUUUGUAAGAUCUUCAUUAUUUAGGAGACA